CACACGGGUUCUUCGGUAGGAAGUUACACGGGCGAACAGCGCGGACGAUCCAUCUCUCUUUAUUUAUAAUCCUCCAAACCUCAUUUCGCUCCGAGAAAAACAAUAAAACAAAUACUCAAAAGUGUACCAGUAUCCAAAAAGUGUUUCGAAUAAAAAAUUAUCCAGAAAGGUAUAAUAACGAGUACCAUAAUGGAAAAUCCUGAAGAAGUACUUCAGGCACUGGACGAAUUUCAAAAAAUGCGUCCUUCCGAAAUCCCUCGUGAACUAGAGGAGUAUUUGUCAUGGGUCGCGAAAACCGGCGAUCCGGUUUAUCAAUGGUCGCUGGUGAAGCCACUUUUUCGUGAAAAAUUAACGCGCGUCAUGACCGAUUUUUAUGAAAGUUGUCCGAGCCUCGAGCUGGCACCGUGCCCGAAUGUCGAGCAAUUCAACUACGACAUCAUGAAGUGUAACUUGCUCGAGCUCCUUGAGUCCUUUGCAAACGCCCCUUUCACAGUCCAAAGAAUAUGCGAGUUGUUGACAGCUCCUCGCAAGGAGUACAACCGUGUCGACAAGUUCAUGAGGGCUAUAGAAAAGAAUAUCCUCGUUGUGUCAACGGUAGAACCCGGACCGACAGCCAGGCGCAGCGAAAAUGGAGAUGGAAUGGUCAACGGCUCGCUGGAUGAUGAAACUCCCAGCGCACAAUCGACCCACGACGUAGAAAUGGAAUCUUGGGUUAAAGACUGCACGAGUGAAAAUUCAGUAGCUAUUCCAGCCGCAGACGCUGAUGCUCAACUAUUGGACUCCGUUUUACCAACUGGUAAGCUCAACAAAAUAGCAACUAAUGAGGAAAUUCCACAGAUUCAAACGAAAAACCAGGAAAUUAGCGAACGAAUUGAGAUUCCCGAGCCGGAAAGCAGCUCCCAAGUUAUAACGGCAGAAUCUGUUAUGACAGAUCCGAGCGAAGCUGCGUCACGACUGGAAAGUACAUCGGUUGAUCCUGCGGAGAGUACAGCUGCGGGAGAUGAAGUUCCCACAGCCGUUAUGAACGAAGACACCAAUUCCCAGCCGAGCCUGGACUCAGAACCGGAAGCUUCGGAGUCUUCGAGUACGCCGAAACUACAAACAACUUUCAGGACAAAAGAUUUUGUUCGGAAAGAAGACAGCGCUGAGCAAUCGUACGCAGACAUCGUGAAGAGUGCGAAUGAGAAGAGCAAGAUCGAAACAGAAGAGUUGGAAACGAAAUCGAUGGAGAAUAGCAAGGAAGCGGUAUUGAAAUCGACUGACAACGUCAAAGUCUCUUUCGAGUCUCAAGAAGAGAGCGAGGCUGAGACUCCUGAAGGUCAGCCGGAGAAACGGGCACGCAUUGAGAGACUGAUCGACGGUUUGGAGACGGAGAAUGCGUCCAUAACGAAAGAUUUGUCUUCGGACGCGGUGGCAGAGCCAGAGGAUGCGACUAGUUUCCUGGUCGAUGCUGUCACGAGUCAUGAGAGUACAGAGAAAGCGAUGGGCGCAAGUACGACAGAGGCAACUGUUACGGAAUCGGGAGCGUCCGCUCCCGAGACUGAGAAAAUUGGUGAAGUCCUGGAAGAGAAGACAGAAAAGACGGAAGAAAAGCCUCUGGAGGAAUCGUUGUCGGAAGCAGACCGGGGGAAUGUGCCAACGGAAAAUCCGAGACCUAUAAUCGAGGAGCCGGUUUCUUCGGAAGAGUUGAGCGAAGAAAGGGGCGAUGUGAGUUCGGGAACGCGAGAACAACAGCAAGAGAGCACGGUCACGAUAGAAGAAGCGAUGGACGACGAUACGAGAACCAACAAAUCGAUCGUCCCCGAUCCAAUUCCCAUAAUCGAGGAGCCAAAAGACCCGGAGACUCCCACACAAAACGAAGAAAGCUCCACGAUAAUAACAGAACUUCCGGAAAUGGUGAAAAAUACAACGGCCACAGAAUCUCCGGAGUCCUCGGAACCAAUCGCCCCGACAGUUCCCGUUGAACAAACAAGUGUGAUAGAAACUAUCGAGGAACUCCCCGAAGCCGAGGAGGACAUAACCGACGUUAAGUGUCCAGAAGGAGCGACGAUCGAGGAGAAGAUCGAACCAGCGGAAUCGAUGGAAGUCGACGCGGAAGAAUCCUUGCCAGGCUUUCAACAGGACGAGCCCAUGGAGCAAGAAUCCGUCGAUAUGCUCAAAAGUUAAUAUCCGACUAUUCGCUAAAAAUAAAAAUGCAAAUUGGUAUGAUAAAAAGACCUUUCGAAAAAUUAUUCAACAACCGAAUUUGUGAUUUUACCUUUGUUCUACAAGCCCCGAAGCUAUACGAACACAACGAGACACAAAUCCAGACAGGCACACACACACACACACACAAACACACGCAGAAACAUACCGUCAUGACCGACUCGAAAAAAUUGUACUCUUCGACUCGCGUAAUUCACAAAUACGCUAUUUUAUUUAUACGCAUAGUUGUUUGUUGUUUACGUCUUUCACGAAUAAGGAGCGAAGAGAAAAACAUUUGAAGCGUCGGAAAUGGUCGAUGUAUUUUUAAGAUCCUUUUGAGUAAACUGAAAAACUAAUUAUCUCGAGUUAUUCGUAUGCGCGUGUGAAAGUCCAACAAGUCCAAGUAAAUGAAAGGAAAGCGGAUAAGAAAAUGUCUUUGUUACAGUACAGUUUAAGAUAUAAUAAUACGUAAAAUAUACUUCGACCACUUAUUUUUUGGUACUAUAAAUAUAUAAAUAUUUAAUAGGAACUGACAUUGAAUUUGCGCGAGUAAGAGACAUUAGAAUGUGGGUGAGGGGGGUGUAAAUGCUGCUAUUAAAUGUCCGAAGCUCGUUCGAAGGAGAAAAGAAUAAGCAUAAAUACAACACUGCCUAAAUGUACAUUGAACUCAUCUCGCUCUUCAAGGAUACACAAUAUACGUAUAUAUUUUUUCUUCGUAAAAAAAAUGCGCGACGAGCAUGAUUCCAAUUUGAAAAUAAAAAGAUCAUUAAUUCGUGAGGCCGGUUAUAAAUAAUCGGCUUUGAUUAGAGCCUCGAAAAUUGGCAAUGAUUCCUUUUAAUGGGAUGUCGAUUUUUUAAAAGUGAGAUCAGCACGACGCACCAAUCAAGAUUCAUUGGAAAUGCUAAAUUAUUUCCCUAUCCGUUUAGUAGGAGCUCGAUAUUAUUUAUAAAAAAAAGACGCGAAAUAACGAAAAUAAAGGUGUAUACAGGCUGAACGUUUAAUCUGUCAACAUAUUUUGACCUCACUUUUUAUUUGUAACUAAUGUAAAAACGAGAGUAGAAGAAACUCGGGAUUGACUACUGCAUUUGUACGAUUGUUUGAAACUUGAAAUUAUGAGGGUGUCGCAGAUCUUCGAACUCGAAAAUUAGUGCCCGGAUAAUGAACGAAGAAUAUGCAUAUUGACCUUUGCAAUUAGAAUUACUGAAAGCAAUCAGAUGAAAAACUGCAAGAUCGUAAAUAUCCCUCGUAAUCGUAUAUGAAUUAUUUAAGAUAAUAUUAAAAAAAAAAAAAAAAAAUAACGAUAGCUGUGUAUAUUAUUUUAUAGCGAUGAAUAUAUGCAGAUUAUUAUGAAA